GACAGUGCACAUUUGUUACAUUAGCUAUUGGAUUGUUUUAUGACAAUUCUAUGGGUUCCUCGAUUCCACAAUGGUUACAUGCUCCUCACGUGCCCCAAGUGAUAGGUAGUGGCGAUUGGCUGUUGAGUAGCCCGAAUUUUUCAGCUUGGGUUUUGGCUAAUGGAGACCUAAUGUUCUGCGCCGAAGAAGAUCAGAGUGGAAUGAAAGAGCUGAAUAAGGUGUACAUAUCGGUAGAAGGGAAUGAUCAAGUCCUGUGA